UAAAGAAGGGGUCCCAUGGGUGGCGUGAGCCCGGGUUUGAGCUGCAGCAGGUCACCCUCUGCCACCAUGAUGGAGAAAGGGCCCCCCAACUCCAGCGAAGGCCAGCAGGGCUGGUUUUCUGCCAGGAACGGCAGCGGCAGCUCCCUGGACUUGGAGUCUGUGGUGCGACCCCUCGCCCUGAACCCGUGGGACGUGGUGCUCUGCAUCUCCGGGACCAUCAUCUCCUGUGAGAACGCUGUGGUGGUGGUGGUGAUCUUCUACACGCCGGCCUUCCGCGCCCCCAUGUUCCUCCUCAUCGGCAGCUUGGCCACGGCCGACCUCCUGGCGGGUUUGGGGCUGAUCCUGCACUUUGCCUUCGUCUACUUCGUGCCAUCGGAGGCGGUCAGCCUGCUCACGGUGGGGCUGCUGGUCACCUCCUUCACGGCCAGCGUCUGCAGCCUGCUGGCCAUCACCAUCGACCGCUACCUGUCCCUCUACAACGCCCUGACCUACUACUCGGAGAGGACGGUCACCAGGACUUACAUCAUGCUGAUCCUCACCUGGGGAGCCUCCAUCUGCUACGGGCUCCUGCCCGUCAUGGGCUGGAACUGCCUGAAGGAGCCGCCCAGCGCCUGCAGCGUCGUCAGGCCGCUGACGAAGAACCACCUCAUCAUCCUCUCCGCGUCCUUCUUCGCGGUGUUCGCGGCCAUGCUCCAGCUGUACGUGCAGAUCUGCCGGAUCGUGUGCCGGCACGCCCACCAGAUCGCCGUGCAGAGACACUUCCUGGCCAGCUCCCACUACGUCACCACCAGGAAAGGCAUCGCCACCCUGGCCGUCAUCCUGGGCACCUUCGCGUCCUGCUGGCUGCCCUUCGCCGUCUACUGCCUGCUGGGGGACUACACCUACCCGGCCCUCUACACCUACGCCACCCUCCUGCCCGCCACCUACAACUCCAUGAUCAACCCCGUCAUCUACGCCUUCAGGAACCAGGAGAUCCAGAAAGUGCUGUGGGCCGUGUGCUGCGGGUGCUUCUCCUCCGCGCCGCCGUUCCGCUCCCGCUCCCCCAGUGACGUCUGAUGUGCCUCCCCCCACCUCAGCCCCACCGACCACCAACCACCUCCCUGCACCUUCCACUCACCGGUUGC